GAUGAAAUUUUAUAUUCUUGAUUUAACUUUGAAUCGCAAUCGAUUCGAUUCAUGGGUUGGUUGUGCUCUUUCACUAGCAGAUGAGAUUGAACAAUAUUCUUCGCCUAAUUGUCAAGUUUUCUACUCAUCUACUGAAGAAAUGCUGCUCUUAGGAGAAAAAGUAUUUCGGUGUUUCAAUGAAGCGAUUCGGCUCAAAGAUAAUAGAUCCAAGGUAUGGUAUAAAUAUGGAAAGUGUGCUUAUAACAUCGCGAGUUAUAUUUCUCGAAUCAUGAAACUUGGAACAGUUUUGGAGAAUUCACAAAAAGUAGAAAUGAACCAACAGCAUAAGCGAUUCUUAGACCAAGCACAAGUUUGCUUCGAAUCAACUAGCAAAUUUUCUAAGGCUGAUGAAAUUCGGAUGGCUUAUAAUUUGAGAGAUGCUGAACAAUUGUUCAAAAUGGCAACGAUUUUGGCUUCAUCAGAAUUGGGUAGCAAAGGAUUUCUUCGUGAAACCGAUCGGGAAAAUCUUGAAAACAAUCAAUGCAACAUUGUUUUAACAUUUACGAAAGUCGAAUUGCAAAAGCAAAAGGAAAUCGAAACAGUUUAGAUCAAAUAAAAGUUGAUGUAAGAAGAAUUUGUAACAAAUUGAUGGAAUAUCCUAUCUAUAAAAAACAGGCUGAACAAUUUCUCGAAAAACAUGUCGAAUGUGUAACAAUUGAUUAGUUGAAGUGAUCGAUUUCCAUGAUGAAAGAUUUUUUUUAACAAUAUUUCUCAAAUUUGCCAGAAUCUUUAACGAAACUAAAUUUCACAAAUAAUAAGGCGGCUUUGUCGAGUGUAUAACAAUUGAUUAAUUAUCAUCAUUUGAGUGAAUCUUUUUUAAUUGAUUGAUUUUAACGAUCAAAGAUUUUCCAAUUUACUUUUUUUUAUGAGAACAAAAAAAAUUUUCGAAACAAAAUAAUAUAUAAUAUCCUAAAUAAUAAAGAAAUAUAAUAAUCUUA